AUGAAAAGUCAAUUGCCUUAUAUAAAAAUUGGAUUGUAUAUAAAUGCGACAAGUGUGAUACAUUAUAGCAGUAAUUCGGCGACUCCAAAUUCUUGGUAUGAUAUUGUUAUGCUAAAUGAAGUUGUGGAUUACUACGUAAUUGGAUUUGAACAGUUUAAUGAAUGUACUGAUGCUCUUUUAAAGGGUGGAGUUACUCCUAUGGAUUCAUCAGAUCCAAAUGUUAAUACCUUAAAUAAACUUAAAGAUGCCUUACUAAUGACAAACAUUACGAAGGAUAAGCUAUAUUUAGAAUAUUUAAUAAAUCCUACUGUAAAGAAAAUAGAUGAAAAUACAUUUAAGAAAUGUGAAAGAUCAUAUAACGAGUAUUGUGAAAAUUCUGGUUAUAAAUAUAGAUGGUGUGCCGAUAAUCAACAAACAUUUUUUGAUAAGGGUGUGUUCGCCAAACAAUAUGCAAACGGGUUCAUAGCAAGAGAAAUAGAUUUAGUCGAUCGCGAUCUAAAAUGCAAAUGUGAUGAAAAUAAGUAUGUGACGUUUUAUAUGGUAUUAAAUGGAUUUAAAGGAUUGAACAUGUUGCAUUGCGAUAAAAUAGAUGGCAGCUGA